AUGGAGGACCUGCAUCGGGCCACACGCAUGUAUAUUAACUGUGACGAUCCAACAGAGAGCGCAGCACGUAAGCAGAGAGUCCUCGAUACGGAUACUCAACAACUUAUGGAGGAGACAGCCCAAGGUAUUAUUGAAGCGGCAAUAAGAGCGCAAGUAAUUCAAUCUAGUCCUCAGGUGGAUCAAGAGGUACAAGUACCCCUUAUACUCCCUCCGACUAAUCCCGCCACCAUAUCUAAGUCAAGCAACCAACAAGCCCCUGCGAUUUUAUCGGGAAAGAAGAGAGGACGGCCAGCAAAGCCUAAAGAUUUAUGGAUAAGCCCAAAGUCCUUUACUGGAUCAUCCUCACGUAGGCGUAUUAUGUCAAAUAUACAUGCAUCUCCGGGAACCUCUAAGGGCACACAGCAAGGAAGUAAACCGACUCAUAUCAUGAACUGGAUCACUGGUAAUAUCUCUGUACCUGAUUUCUUCACUCUCAGCUAA